AAUUUAUUUAGAACAUACGUAUUUUUUUGUCUUUAGUUAUUUAGUUAUUAGUUUUUACUAUUUUAGGUGUUACAAUUAAAAAAUAUUUAUAGACUAUUAAUUUCUAAUUGUACAUACGUUUAUCUUUAUUCAGUUAAAUAUAAUAUAAUAAUAAAAAUAAUAUAAUAUCUUUUCCUUUUUUAUUUUAUAUGUUACUAUAAAUUUACCCACCAGUCUUACAAAGAUGGCUGUACGUAGAGCUAGUCAUGCUGGUAGUUGGUAUAAUGAAUCUGGUAUGCUUUUACAUAAUAUUAAAAAAACGUCAUAUUUGGUUUUAAAUAACGUUAGGAUUUGUUUUACAGCCAAGGAACUUGGUAAUCAAUUAGAAAACUGGUUAGGCGCUGCUGAAUUGACUCAUGGGCCUGCUAGAGCUAUAAUAGCUCCGUAAGUAUUUUGAAAUUGAAAUAUAGGAUAAAUUAUUAAUUUUUUAACUAAUGAAUUUUCACUCUUGCAGUCAUGCUGGAUACCAAUAUUGUGGUGCCUGUGCGGGAUUUGCAUAUCGCCAAAUAAGUCCAUUUGUCGUGUAAGUUUAAUAGAUUGACUUAUAUUUUUUCAAUUUAAUUCCUAAAUUAUUUUUAGACAACGCAUUUUUAUAUUGGGGCCUUCACACAAUGUUCGUCUGUCUGGAUGUGCUUUGUCUAGUGCUGUAAAGUAUAAAACACCAUUUUAUGAUUUACAAAUAGACAACGAAGGUAAACAUUAAUUAUAAUGUUUUAUUUAAAAAAAAACCAAGUCAUUUUUUUCUAUUUAUUUAUGUAUGCAUAGUAUAUUCAGAGCUUGAGUCAACCGGGAAAUUUGAAAGGAUGAGUAUGAAAGUAGAUGAAGAUGAACAUAGCAUAGAAAUGCAGUUGCCAUACAUUGCCAAAGUGAUGCAAGAGUAAUAGUCUGAAAACAAUGUUCAAGUCUUAGAAUAAUAAUUUAUACACUUUUUUUUUUUUAUGUGUAUUUUAGCUAUAAAGAUAAAUUUACUAUUGUGCCGAUAAUGGUUGGAUCAUUGAGUACUGAAAAAGAGUGUUAUUACGGUCAAAUAUUUGCUCAAUAUCUGGCAGAUCCAAAAAAUCUUUUUAUAAUAUCUUCAGAUUUUUGCCAUUGGGGACAAAGAUUCCGUUAUACGUUCUAUGAAAGAUCUUGGGGUGAAAUUCAUCAGUCAAUUAAAACUUUAGACCAUAAGGUAAAACAGAUAUAAUCACAAUUUGAUAUAAGUAAUACAAUAUUAGUUAUUAAUUGUACACUUUGAAAUUAGAUUAUGUUUUUAAUUGAGAUCUUAAAAAAAACUUAUUUUUCUUUUUCAAGGGCAUGGAUACUAUUGAGACAUUACAACCCGCUGCAUUUGUUGAAUACUUAAAAACUUUUUCGAACACAAUAUGUGGCAGGCAUCCCAUCAGUGUUUUACUGCAGGUAAUAUAAGAAUCAUAAACUAUAAAUAUUAAAGUAAAUAAGUAUAGUUAUUAAAUAUAUAAAUACAAAAUGUACAUAUAAAAAUAAAUGAAUCAAUGUGUCACAUAGAGUAUAAUACACUUAUCAUAAUACUCUAGGCGACACAUUGAUUCAUUUAUUUAAUUUAUUUUUAUAUAUACAUUUUGUAUUUAUAUAUUUAUUUACAAGUAUUAAAUGUUGAAUAAUAUAUUGUAUUAACAAAAACAAUAAAAUUAAAUACUAUUGACACCUUUUUGGAUGAAUAAAUCAUAUUACUAUUAUUAUUAUUUUUUUUUUUAAUAGGCUGCAGCUCAUUUACGAAAUUCAAAUCCAAAAAUGUCUCUCAAGUUUUUAAAGUAUGCCCAAUCUAGCCAAUGUUACAACCUUAAUGAUUCAUCGGUUAGCUAUGCAUCUGCUUCUCUCAUAAUGGAAUAGAAAAAUUGUGCUUCAAAGUGGAUAUUUUAAAAUUCACAUUUUUUUUUCUAAAUUAAGUUUAUUUUUAAGUUAGAACAUUAAAUACUUACUUAAUAUUUUUAAGAACCAAACCAUAAUGGUAAAAAAUUUUUGUUUAAACAUUGUUUAUAUUAUUAAAUAUUAAAUGUGACAUUUUUUUAUAAUAAAUACGCAUUAUUUUUUUAUAUAAAUAUAUAUUGUAAAAUUAAUGUAAAUUAAAUCAUGAAAAAAAAAAUAUCAUGAAUGAUAAUUAAUAAUAUAAAUUGUUUUUAUUGAACAAAGAAAGCAUUCUAGUUCAGGGAUUCAAUUCCUUGUUCAGUUACUACAAAAGGAACGCUCGUUGGACCAGAAUGGGGGCUAAAUAUCACUUCAAUAUAUCUGGAACAUGGGGUCUUGGACAUCAAAAGUCUUGUAGUCACCAAAUUGGCCCACGAUAAUCCUAACGAUGGCACUAAUUUUUUCCCUGUGAUAUCAGACAUUGAUGAUGUUACCUAUAAGUGAAAAUAUAAUAUAAUUGUUAAAAUAUAUAUGGUUAUCAUAAUUAUAUGUUUGUUACUUGAUUAACACAUAUGAUCCACAGGCCAUGUUUGACAGAUAAAUUGUGUAAACAAAAUGCCAAGUCUCUAAGAUCUCUAGACCUACGAGGCGCUUCACUUAGUGUGUACUCGCCUCGAAAUACAGCUGUAAUACUAUCAAUGACAAUUAGUUUUAUAGAUCUAUGAAGAAGUGCUUUUGGCAGCAUUUCGUGGAUACAUUUUUUCAAGUCUUCCUGAAAUAUACAAGCACUGUUAAAAUAACAUAUCUUCCAAUGGAAAAACCAACAUUUACCACAGUUGCUAUAUGACUAAUCAAAAUAUUGUCUCCAUAAUUUGUUUGGCACAAUUCGCUCAUAUCUAUUCUAUUGUCGCAUUGAUAUUUAAAUCGAAGAUUGGAUAUCAUUUGUUGUAUUCGACUCGAGGGAAAUCUGUCUUCAGUACAAAUAUAUACAGCUCCUAUAUUUAAAUGAAUGUAAUAAUUUUUUUGUUUAACUAUUUGAUUAAUUAUUUUAACAUUCAUGAGUUCCUACCAGAUUUUGCACCUUUAAAUGAUAAUGGUAAUUGAACAGUCAACGCGAUCUGCAAGCAAAAUUGUGUUUUUCCACAACCACUUUCACCCGAAAUCUCUGUGAUACCAUAUUUGAAUAGACCUCCACCUAAAGCUUUGUCGAUGUGAUCACAUCCUGUUGUAAGCACUUGAUUAUGAGGUUCUUUAUAGCGUCCACUACUUUUUUUUUAAUAAAUUUAAUAAAUAUUACUUAUAUUCAUUUAAAAUUUAAAUUUACUUAACGUUUGAUGUGCUUAUUUUUGAUGCUUCAAUAAACACACGGCGAGUGGCUGCUGCUGUCAAAUUGAAUUUUUUCUGAAGUUCAGCUUCUGUGUACUGAAAAAUAUGUUUUGUUGUUAAAAGACCUCCUGAAAUAAUAAUUAUCAGUAA